CAAUGAAGGAAAGGCGUUUCGAUUACGUCAUUUGCUAAUAGCCAAUUGGAGUGAGCCAAAGGCGGCUCCUGGAAUCACUGUUGUGCUUCCAACGUGGGACUCCACUAACCGACUCGAGGAGGAGGGAGGGGGUUAGAGGAAAAGUAAGCCAGAGGACAAAACUCGUAGUGGCGAACCGUACACGGUCAAAAGGAGGGGGACUCUUCUUUUUUUCCUGCUAUUACUCGAAUUGUUUCGUUUUGUGACUACAGCCUGCAGAAGACAAAUUGCUGAUCGGAUUCUCUAUCGGAGAGUUUGGAGGGGGCCCUUUCAAAGUUGGAUUGAAACAGUCUAAGUGAGAUUUCAACGCUCGGCUUGAGACUAACGCUGGAGUCGUUUUACCGUGGAAAAAGUUUUGGGCUCAACUUUUACUGCGAGCUGGACAUUAAGCUACGUGCGCAUCGGUCGUCGUUCAAGCGACGUUCACUUUGCAACCUGUUUGCUUGAUAAAAUGUUUCCAGUGAGCCUGGCGCUCUGUGCCCUUUAAACGUCUUUUUUUUUUGUGUUGGACGUUAGCAAACAUACCGCACAAGUUGGUGGGCACGCAGAAAAUGGAGCGUCAAAUGUUACAUCAACGCUGAAAAUUUGUUAAAUCAAAUCGGUAGUGCAAUAUUGCUGUGUUGUUUUUUUUUUUUUUUUAUCUGGCCAAACUGUGAAUCACCUUUGAUUCGACGCGCGCGUCGGACAUCGAAAGAGAGAAAGUUGGACCUCCGUCCUAAAUGACUUUUUCCAUCAAACCACUUGUGUCUUUGGUAUCGAGUGGCAUUCAAAAGCAACUUGCAACAUGCUUUAAAGUGCAUCUUAUCGUUCCGGCGCUGCACUAACAUUCCCGUUCGCUGGUUCUGGGGGAGAACUCGGCGGCGGCGCUCUUGAAAGCUGGAUACAAAAUGGCGGCGUCCCCGGGACCUUUUGGACACGCUUUUCGUUGCGUUUUCUACUUGUUUUUUUCACUCCGACUUUUGAACAGUCACGGAUCGACUUCCGAGUUGCAGUGUGCCCACAACUGUACCUGCGAUGGCGAUUCGGUGGACUGCAGUCAUCUGGAGCAACCGGCACCGCCUGGAGACCUGCCCGCCAGGACCAUUUCCUUAAAUCUUGGCCACAGCAAGCUGACCGACAUCAGUGGAGAAGUGUUUGCCAACCUGCCAAAUUUACGAGAGUUGCGGCUGGACCACAACGAGCUGACCUCCAUCCCGGAAUUAGGACAGGCGGCUUCCAAGAUCGUGGCGCUCUACCUACACCAUAACAAGAUCCGCAGUAUUGAGGGGAUACGAAUCCGAAGAUUGGUUUCCUUGGAAACCUUGGACCUGAGCAAUAAUGACAUCACUGAACUACGAGGACACUCCUUUCCUGCGGGACUCCGGAUUCGAGAUUUGUACCUAAGCAACAACAAGAUCGGCGCGUUAGAGCCGGGCGCGCUGGACCAUCUGGGCUCCACGCUGCAGGUCCUGCGAUUGGGCCGAAACCGGGUCAGUCAGAUUCCCGUGAGGGCCUUCCAGCUCCCGAGGCUCACCCAGCUCGAACUCAACAGGAAUCGUAUCCGUCAGGUGGAGGGCUUGACUUUCCAGGGUCUCUCCAGCUUGGAGGCGCUGAAGCUCCAACGGAAUAGCAUCGGCAAGCUGACGGACGGGGCUUUCUGGGACCUUGCCAAGAUGAAAGUCCUCCACCUGGAGCACAACAGCCUGAGCGAGGUGAACGGCGGCUCCCUGUAUGGGCUGACUUCUCUUCAGCAGCUCUUCCUCAGUAACAACUCCAUAACCCGCAUCAAUCCCGAUGGCUGGAAGUUCUGCCAGAAGCUGAGAGUAUUGAAUCUGUCGUAUAACAACCUGACUCGUCUGGAUGAAGGCAGUCUGGCCGUGCUGGGGGAUCUCCACACUCUGCGUCUGGGGCACAACUCAAUAAGCCACAUCGCCGAGGGAGCCUUCAGAGGCCUCAGGGCCGUACGCAUCCUGGAGCUGGACCACAACGACAUCUCGGGCACAAUCGAGGAUACCAACGGGGCCUUCUCUGGGUUGGAUAGCCUCAGCAAGCUAAGUCUCUUUGGAAACAAGAUCAAGUCCGUGGCAAAGAAAGCCUUCGCUGGCCUCGAGACCUUGGAACACCUGAACUUGGGCGAGAACGCCAUCCGCUCCAUCCAGUCCGACGCCUUCGGCAAGAUGAAGAACCUCAAAACGCUCCUCAUCCAGAGCCGCAGCUUCUUGUGCGACUGCCAGCUCCGCUGGCUGCCGGAGUGGCUGGCGAGCCGCGGGAUACGGAGCGGCGUGAACGCCACGUGCGCCCACCCCGAGAGUCUGAAGGGUACCGCGCUCUUUCUGGCACCAUCCAGCGCUUUUGUGUGCGAUGACUUUCCCAAACCCCAAAUCACCGUCCAGCCGGAAACCAGCGCGGCGGUCCUCGGCAGCAACGUGCGACUCACCUGCACGGCCGCCAGCAGCAGCUCGUCCCCCGUGACCUUCGCGUGGCGCAAGGACCAGGAGCCGCUGGGACGCGCCGAGACGGAGAACUACGCCCACGUGCGCGCUCAGCCCCAAGGCGCCGCCGCCGCAGGCGUGACGGAGUACACGACCAUCCUCCACCUGCGCCACGUCACCUUUGCGCACGAGGGCCGUUACCAGUGCGUCAUCACCAACCACUUUGGCUCCACCUACUCCAGCAAGGCCCGUCUCAUUGUCAACGUGCUGCCGUCUUUUGUGAAGACGCCCAGGGACAGCACCAUCAGAACGGGCCACACGGCCAGGCUGGAGUGCGCCGCCGAGGGCCACCCGGCGCCGCAGAUUGCCUGGCAGAAGGACGGCGGCACGGAUUUCCCCGCCGCCCGGGAGCGCCGGAUGCACGUCAUGCCCGACGACGACGUGUUCUUCAUCAUGGACGUCAAGCCGGACGACAUGGGCGUGUACAGCUGCACGGCCAAAAACACGGCGGGAACCGUUUCUGCCAACGCCACGCUCACCGUGCUCGGUACGUGUCCGUGUCCUUCCGCCCGCUUCUGUUCAAAUCGGCCCGGGCUAGUGUCAUCCGGCGCUUGUAAAUAACUCGGCUCUCACAUG